AUUGUCUGUCGCCACGACGUUCAACGACAAAACGCCAAGUGUCAUGAUUGUCUGCUAAAAUACAGUAAACAAAACCGGUGUCCCUGUGCGUGUCAAUUUCUUAUUGUUAAUGUCAUACAGUCUAUGGUAAAUAAAUAACCGUCUGAAUAUUUGCACGUAGGUUUUAAAUCAUUUAUCUGAGACCGAAAAGUAAUAUGAGUGAAGAGAUAAAAAUCUUUAUUAAACCAUUUAUUCUGUUUGUAGUAAUUAACUUGGUAUCGUCUAAGGGAUGUGUUCAAUUAGAUUCAUUUUCUUUUGAAAAGGUAGCUUCAAAAUUCAAGGCCAGUCUAGUAAAAUUUGAUGCAGCUUAUCCUUAUGGACCAAAACAAGAAGAAUAUGAAAAGGUAUGUGAAGCGAGCUCCAACAUUGAUGACCUCUUAGUAGUAGAAAUUGCAGUAAAAGAUUAUGGAGAAAAAGAGAACUCAGAUCUUGCUAAAAAGUAUGGAAUUGAAAAGGAUGACUAUCCUGUUGUCAAGCUAUUUAUUCAAGGAAAAACUGAACCACUUAGUUUUGAUAAAGAUGAAGACUUUUCUGCUGAUAACUUGAAAAAGUUUAUUCGUUCUAAAUCAAAAGUAUACAUUGGCUGCACAGGUUGCAUUCAGGCCUUUGAUGAAUUAGCUUCGAAAUUUACAAAAGAGAAAUCACUUGAAAACAAGAAAAAGCUACUUCUUAAUGCUGAAGACUUAUGGGAUAAAGCAAAAGGGAACCAAGAACACAAAUCUGCAGAAAUUUAUGUCAAGAUCAUGAGAAAAUUAUUAGAAAAGGGUGAUGAGUUUUUGGCAAGCGAGACAACGAGAGUUGAAAAUUUGUUAAAAGGAAAAGUAAGUAAAGAAAAGAAAGAAGAAAUGCAGCAGCGAAUCAACAUUCUCCAGGCCUUCAAAAGUCCAGUUCACGAUGAGUUAUAAUAGUUACAGAAAGACUGCUUAAUAGAUAACAUUUCUGUGGUUGGGGUCAUAUUGGUGUACAAUUCAGUGUGUGUUUGUGUGUGAUAGUUUGGGUGGAUUGUCAUAUUCUGUAUAGUAUUUCAGUUCCUAAUCAAUUUUAUGAAUUACAUUAUCAGUUUGAUUCUAAUUAAGAAUGUAAAGUUAUAGGUUGUUUUGACAUUAUACAUGUUAACAUUUUAAAUUAGAAUAUAAUACACAGUAUUGUCCGUGUCAGAGAUAAUUCAUAAAAAAGGCCAAAAAAUGCAUCUGUCACAUCUAUAUAUGUAAAAUUCAACUUAAAUAUUAAAUAUCAGUACUUAUUUCAUUAUAUUUCACCAAAGUAUUGGUAUGCCAGAAAAAUAGCUUAGUUAAGAAAUUAGUGAUUUUAAAACUAUAAAUUUAAGCUUAUAUUAUAUAGUUGUAUAAAAAUUGGAUCUCGUGUUUUGAGAAAUAGUAAAAAUAAGUAAAGUAAGCCUAUUUUCAAGUUGUAAAAGAAGUAAUAUUGUUUUUUUUUGUCACUUUUACCACAAUAUAUAUUUUUAUUUCAGAGAUAUAAAUGUAUAUAGCUUUACAUUGCGUUACGUAUUACUUUUUAAAAACAAACAUUUUGUAAACAUUGCAAGAACUAAGAAAACAUUUUAUCAAAUAAACAAAUUAAAAUAAAACCAUGUAUUUUGAAUUAAUUCUAUUACAGUAUCAACAAUAUUCUGUGAUAUUUUAAACAAAAUUACUACAAAUCCUCGAAGUGUUUUAAGUAUGAUACUUAUUUACUUUUUCUCUUCCUCUCUGAUAAUCUCAAUGAGUUGAGACUCAAAUCAUUUUAGCAUGAUAGUAAAGGCCAGACCAGAAGGUUACAUAUAAUAGUUAAUAAUAAUAAUAGAUUUAAGUUCCUUACAAACAUGGCUGUUAAAACCUGUGAAUUAUUCACAAGUGAAUAAAACAUGUUUUAAUAUAGAUAGUUCACUCAUUCCAAUUUAAAUUUUAAUAAGAGCUUGGUUGCUUUCAAUGUUGCCAAAGAAAGGAGGGGGUUCUGUUUCAUCAGAACCUGGUAAUACCUUUGAUUGUAUUAGUUUUUAUGUAACUAAUACGAUAAAAGGUAUUAUUCAUUAGUAAAUGUUAACAUGUCAUAUUAAUACUCUAAUAUGCGUGUGUGUAGUCUUUGGAUUUGUUUCAGAUGGAUUUCAUCACUAUUUGGCACCCAAAGGGUUAUUAUAACAUAAUAAUUAUGUGACUAGCUGUAAAAGAUUAUGUUAAUCUCUGAGUAUCAAGUAUGUGUGAAGUAAAUACUCAAAAAUCUGUAUUUCCUUAAUAUUUAACACAAAGAUAUUUGUAAAAAUUCUGACAAGUGUAAAAAUUCUUUGUUAAGUAGAUGUUUGGAAAUGAUUACCGUAUUCUUAACUAUUACAUGUAAUUUUAAUCAGAAUGGUAUGGUUUCAGAAAUAAUAGUGAAUAUAGAUUUUUUUCUGUUUUAACAGGGAAUGAGCUUAUUAGAUUUUGUUUGUACAAAUUUUUCUUUAGAGCUGUGAGAAGGACUUGACUUACAUUUUAAACAAUUUUUUAACUUCAAGUUUGCAAUUACAAUAGUGGUGAGUUUUAUGCAUAUAACACUCAUAAUUAUGGUGAGAAUGGUUGAUUCAAUGUGAUUGUCGAGUUCAGUUCCAUUUCACCUUUUGCUUAGUGCACCAUCUGAGAUAUCACACUGUCACAGACUUCUUGAUUCUGAAAUCUGGAGUCCACGUACGUCUGAUAGGAUCCUACUGGGUCCAUCCAGGGUCAUGCUGGAUACUGGAUUCAAGGAGUCAAGUUUGACAAUAUCAGAUCUCGGACACCGCACUAAGUGGAAGGUAAAACUCAACAAUGUCAUGAGUUUUGUGUUUAAAUUAAUUUUAUGUUCAAACUAUACAAGCAAUUUGUUUGUUAAUUAAAUAUUUUUUAUUUAAUGUCUUAGAACAAUUAUCAUAUUAAUAUUCUACUAAUAUAACAUGCAAUGCAUGAGCAAUUGGUGGGAGAGGUUAAAUAGUGUUUUGUACUCCAAUUCACUCUCUGCUUGUUCAGCGUCUCCUGAAAUCUAGAGUCUAUGACUAUCUGAAGAGGUCCAAGAAGAUAGAGAAAGGUACAGGUGUUUCAUUGCGUGUGAAUAUGCAACAUCAAACCAGAGCGAGUGAAAAUAGCAAUAACCACUUUUGUAUAUCAAUGCCUGGCGAACACAAAGUCUUUGAGGAACAUACUUAAGCAACGUACACUCAGGGAAACUCUGAGGAGCACCACGAACUUAAACUAUUUUCUAUUGUAAUUUGCUGAAAGGCGUUACAUUGCAUUGUUUUAUCUUUAAAGAUGCACUUGUACACAUAUAGGCAAACUCUCUCUUAUAGAGCCAAUACCUUGAGCUGAGUGGUUGUUGUUGCAUAAUAUCGUCAAAUGCACAAUUCAGUGGUGGUGCAACUGUGUUGGUUUUUAGAAAUUGAAUUAGAGUAUCAAGUACAUAAAACACUUUGUUUAACCUCUCCCAACAAUCACUUGUGUAUAGUAUGCCAUAUUAGUAGAAAUCUGUGGCUCCACCAUACCACUGACUCGGUAUCGAGCAUACAAAACACUUUGUUUAACCUCUCCCAACAAUCACUUGUGUAUAGUAUGCCAUAUUAGUAGAAAUCUGUGGCUCCACCAUACCACUGAUCUAGUAUCGAGCAUACAAAACACUUUUUUUAACCUCUCCCAUCAAUUGCUUGUGUAUAUCACGCUGUAUUGGUGUAAUCGGUUUCUCCACCAUUCCAGUUUCAAGUACUAAAAACACUUUGUUUAACCUCUCAUCAAUAGUUUUUAUAUAUCACCCUAUAUUGGUAGAAAUUGGUUGCUCCAACAUUCCAGUUUUAAGUACACAAAAUAGUUUGUUUAAAUUCUACCAUCAAUCGCUCAUAAAUAUCAUGCCAUAUUGGUAUAAAUUGGUGGCUCCACUAUUCCACUGAUCCAAUAUCAAGUACACAAAACAGUUCAAUACCUAUUAUUAUUAAUUAAUUAGGUUUCUACUUCAACCUAAUUAAUAAUAAAUAAUUUAAUGUCAGUGCUUAACAACCUACAUCUCUAUAUUUGUUAUACCAUAUUUGUUGCUGUUUAGAAUAUUAACCCUAUUUUGGACAAGUGGGCUCUUUAUACCCCACAAAGUUCAUUGUACAAUAAGACAAUGCAGGCUAUGCGUAUCCCACACUAGUGUUGCUGAAAAAGUCGAGUGGGCUAUCAGUAACCCGCAUUUUGUUUUAAUUUUUUUGAGUCCAUGUAAAGUCAUAAAUUUCAAGAUCAAAAUCCUGAUUUUCUAUGCUAACAUAUGACUUUUUACAAAUAUUUAUGCAAUCAUGUAGUAUAAGUCAUAUGCCUUUUUUCAAAUCACCUAACAGCAGACGCAUUAAUAUUAUAUUUUUAUUAUUACACUCUGUUACUAUCAUAUUUUUUUAAACUUUUAAAACAGGGGAAAACGGAUUACUAGUGACUUCUGAAUCAUGAUCAGUAGCAAGGGAAGCCUAUUUGCAAGUAGAAGCAAGCUUAUUUAUUAUUUGAAUUGAUCUUUGUGAUAACCAUUGUAUCCAGGUGUUUUUACUGAAAGGCCUCAUUAAAAAUAUAAAAUGUA